GCCUGGCUCACGAUGGACGCGCUGCGGCCGUUCUUGGCACCCAUCGAUGCCGACACGAAGAUGCAGCCUCCGGACACCCUUCGUCCAUGUUCGGGAAAGACGAAACUCGCGGCGAGCUUGCAGUCGAAAGCGACGACGAUGGCGGCGCUAUGCUCGUCGGAUAAGCUCAUAUCGAGUGCAGUGCGUCGUGGGAGCCUCGACCGCCGGCACUCGACGGCGAGUCUUGUCCAUUCUCCAGGACGUGGCGGUGGUAGUCGUCGCGGAUCGCUGACCGUCCCAUUCACGUCGGCCGCCGCCGACCACGACGCCAUGACUCCGCAGGACGCAGAGCCCACGCUCCACGGCACCAAAGCCGUCCUCGAAGACGCGUAUGGGCGACCGAUUGCCGGUGUCAAAUACAACAAAGGCGCGAUGACGCACAUGAAGUUCCGCAGUGUCGACCCACCGGCAGCCAACAUCCAUCCCCAUGACAAGCAGAUUGCCACGCGGAUGACCGCAUCCCAUCGAUCUGGCGCCGCGGCCGGGGACGUCCGCUGCGGAUUUUGUCACGCCAACAACAUGCUGUGGCACCUCCGGUGCACGUUUUGCGGUUGCUGUCGAGUCAGCGACGUCCCCCGGAUGCACUACCUCGUCACGAUGAUUCUGUCCGUGGACCCGGGCAUCUCCGCGACCAAGCUCGCCCACCAGUUGCUGCAGUACGCCAAAUUUGACGGGACGGCGGUCGAAGCGGAGAAGAGUUUCAAGCAGGCGACGCUUGUCCGGUCGAAAGCCGCGAUGGUCCUCAUGACGCGCAACGCGGACCGGCUGCGAUGGCACAUCGUGCGCAUGAUGUUCAUGGCAUGGAAGAAGGUCCGAACAGAGGCCAUGCGCAGCGAAGAAACGAUGGCGCGGCUAAUCAAGAUCAAGGAGAUGCAGACACAGGGCCGCCUCAAGUCGCAGGUGUUUUCCAACUGGAAAAACUUGACCAUGGUCAAGUGGGACGAGCGGUAUGCCAAGCUCUCGAUGGCGUCCGAGCGUCGCAUUCAAUUGUCCAAGCGGUACAUUUGGUCGCGGUGGAUGCGGUACAUCUUAGGUCGGCUUCGGAAAAAGUGCUCGUACUUGAAACAAGUCAUCAUGUCGAAUCAAGAUCUGGUCGGCACCACGCGGCCCGCGGAUGAAUUAGAUCCGUCCAAGCAGAUCGUCCACGACCUGAAAGACGUCCUCGUCGCGUCCAUCGACAACAGCGUCGCCACACAACAAGCCCUGACCGCGCACUUGACGGAAGCGCUGCAAGAUAUCGUACACAUUCACACGAUGCUCCCGAGCACAGCUGGGUACCUCGUCGGCGUAUCCAACGUCUUGCCCAUCGUUGACGGCUUUGUGCAUGGCCACAUGGACCUGCUCGAGUCGACCAACACGACGAAGAAGGACUUGGGGUUCACGCAAACUGCGGUCGACGCCAUGGCGGACCGCAUCGGGCGCUUCAUCCCGUGGGACUCGCUCCUGCAAUGGAUCAACAUCCAAAUCACAUACAUCCACACGCGGGUGGGCCGCAAAGUGUUUGCCCCGAUCGCGUCGCUCCAAGAUAUUGCCACAUCCCUCGCCACACCCAAGCUCGUGCUCCACUUGUUGUGGCACCUCCAGCCGGCAUCCAUCGCCGACUACGACGCGCUGUACGCAGACGAGUGUGAAAAGGACCCGCUCCUGGCGCUGUCCCAACAUUCGGCCACGAAUCGACAUGUGCAGUGGAAACUGUUUUUGAAAGUCGCGCAAGCGCGCAUCUUCCUCCCCGACGACAUUGCGUCCCGCGACGACCUCAUGGCGGGCCACUUUGACGCAUACUAUGGCAUCCUUGUCUACAUGUUUGUCAUGUUUGCCGGCGCGACGGGCGGCAACAGCCUCGAGGCCAUGGCGCCCGGCCAGUUUUCGUUUCUCCAAAUGUGGCCGGGACUCAAAAGCGCGCUUCAAAUCACCAACGCGUACGAUCAGGACGAAAGUCUCCGUGAAGCGUGCCGCGAACUCGUCCGACGCCUGCGCACGUUGCAGGAGUGUCAGGUCAAGUUGCUCGUGGUCCACAAGCAACUCCAGCGCGUUCUGGCGAUGCACCGACAAGCCGUCCUCCGCGCCAACUUGAGCGACUUUUGCCGGCGCCUCAAGGGCCGCGAGUCCAUGAUUGCAGUCGCCCUUGAAAAGGAGGAGCUCGUCCCCAUGGUCCAACUCGACUACACCCGCGUCUCUCGGUUCUGUUCGGUGGACGACUUCACGGCGAUUCAACUCGUGUUCCUCGAGCACGUUGUGCCCGUCAUCCACAUCUUCAAAGCGAGCGGCGCCGCGAGUGGCGGCAAGAGCAUCAGCGAGCACGAAUUUUACAAACUCAUGAGCCAAUGCGGCCUCAUCGAGCGCAAGAACAUGACGCGGGCGUACUUGCAACUCAUCGUCCAAGCAUCGAUCAAGGACGAUGUCGCGACUGGCGCGGUCGGGACGCCGGACGUCGAUCGGUUCGGCGACGUUGAUUUGACGUCGACAGAGUUCACGGAGGCGUUGCUGCGCGUUGCCAACCAUUUGCACGAGAAGCGGCCGGCGGUGCCGCUGGUAGACAUGGUGAAGGAAUUGAUCGAGGUUCGGCUCAUGCCGGUCGCGUCGGCCAUCGAACGGCAAGGCAUCGGAUCGUUCAAACGCCAGCUGCGCCAACCCGACGUCGUUUCCGUCCUGCGCGCCCACGACAAGAAGCUCAAGCGCCUGUUUGCCUUUCACGCGUGCGAGAAGCGCGGCAAGUUUAUGACUCUGGCCGAGUUUGAGGGGUGGCUCAAGGAGCAGCGCCUCAUCGACGCCUUGUUUCCGCACACACGGAUCAAGCAGUUGUUUUACGCUGUUCAGCAGGACACAACCGACGGCGAGGUCGACCUGGAGCUCAUUUUCGCCGAGUUUGUCGAAGCGCUGGCCGCCGUCGCGGUCUUCCGCAAUCCGAACCCGUACGUGUCGCUCUCGAGUCGGCUCGAAUCGUUUUUGGUCGACAACUUGUAACAAUCACAGCUCUCGACACCCACAUGCGACUACACCGCUCUGUGUCCCAAGUCGAGACUGUGUCGAG